AUGGAAAGCACAAACGAGUAUUUUUAGCUAUAAACUGUAACCAGAAUCAACAGCCGCGCCAUGGAGUCGCGUGAGCAUGCGUCUAUCCAGCUCCAAUGAGCGUGCGUUUUAGGGGCAGAAAAGAUUCCGAGCUGUGUUCAACAGCUUUACUUUCUUCCCAAUUUCUUCUUCGCCUUCAUUCAUUCGUUUCCCAUUUGCCCUCCAGAUAAUCCCGAGCUGAUCUCUUCACAUCAAGCCUCGUGUAAACCCUAAUCUCCUCCAUGUCUGCCUCUCCUCUCACAGGUUUCUUUCCUAUUUUGGUUGUUUGACGUCAUGCGUGACGUGUCAUGUUUGUAUCAUGAUAAUGUGAUGCUCCGUAUGUGGCUAUUGACAUGUAAAACGUCCCUGGUUUCAGAUCUGUCUCUUGGUUUUCGUUUUCUUGAUGGUUUGUUGUGUAAUUCUAGUAAAGUUUGAUUUUUUGUGGAGAUAGGAUGUGAUCACUGCGUAAUUGUGGAGGCUCCCUUGAUUAUGAUAAUUACUUGUUAGAAUACAGUUUCUUGAGUAUGCUUGCUAAGGUUGUUUGGAAUUUUGAAUAGUCAAUGCCAAAUUUGGGUCUGUGGGCUGCUGUUUUUGGUCUUAUCUUGCAGGUUACAGCUGAUUCAUUGAAUUUGUAAGCUUGAAGCCAACUGUCAUUCUUGAUUGGUUUCACUGGAUCCAGAAGACAGACUUUCACAGGGAGGGUGUGAUCAUCAAUUUUAGCAGCUCUUCUCAUAAUGGAUCCAGAAGACAGAUUUCUUGUGAAAGGAACCUUUGACCAAUUUCUGCCAUGGUAUUACUGCUAAUGUGCUUACUUGGAAAAGUGGGAACCAAUUGUCCUGGCCAUUAUUCUAUUGCCUCCCUUUCAAAAAAAAUUCAACCAUAAAAUUUUCAGGCAUUCAAAGUCUUUCUUCAAGUGUCCAGAGUAAUCCAGGGAAAAUUUCAGAUGAUUCAUCCAGAAGUCCAGACUCACUACAGAAGUCCCUGAAUUCUGGUGUAGUGAAGGAUCUUUCUCAGCUGAACUUUAAUAAGGAAAAAAAGAAAUUGGCUUCUUUUACAUGCAAAAUGGCCGAGCAUCCGGUAAAACCAAUCAAGAAUGUUAUCAAGAGUCAAGACCCAAAAAAGCCUACAUCUUUAAGCACCAAAGAUCAUCAUGCUUCAAGAAAGAAGGACAGGAAGGGUGGAAACCCUGUUCGGAUACCUCCAGCCUAUUCUGCAGAUGUUAAGUGUUCAAAUUCAUGGAUCUGUAAAAACUCCGCCUGUAGAGCUACUGUUUCAAUGAAUGACACAUUCUGUAAGAGAUGCUCUUGCUGCAUCUGUCACUUGUUUGACGAUAAUAAGGAUCCAAGUCUUUGGUUAGAAUGUACAUCACAGUCUGGUCAAGGAGAGUCUUGUGGCUUAACAUGUCAUAUCGAGUGCGCUCUCCAGCGUGGGAAGGUGGGGGUUGUUGACCUUGGGCAACUAAUGCAGCUAGAUGGUAGCUACUGUUGUGCUUCUUGUGGCAAAGUAUCAGGCAUACUGAGAUACUGGAAGAAGCAACUUCUUAUUGCAAAAGAUGCUCGUCGUGUUGAUAUCUUGUGUUACAGAAUAUACUUGUGUUACAAACUCCUGGAUGGAUCUUCGCGAUUUGAAGAACUACUUGAAAUCAUUAGAGAUGCCAAAGACAAAUUGGAAACUGAGGUUGGUCCUCUUGAUGGAGUUUCAGCUAAUAUGGCUCGUGGCAUUGUCAGCAGGCUUCCUGUUGCAGGUGAUGUGCAGUCUCUCUGUUCUCUUGCUAUCGAAAAAGUUGAUGAAUUGCUAGCCACAAAAUCUGAUGAAGUUCCUAAUUGGAGAGAGGAGGGUUCACUGCCAGCCGCGUGCAAAUUCCUUUUUGAGGAAGUGACGUCCUCUUCAGUUGUGAUUGUAUUGAUAGAAGUAUGCAGUUCAUCAUCUUCAGAACAUGUCCAAGGCUACAAGCUUUGGUACUGUAGGGCUAGGGAAGACAGCGACACAAAAGAGCCCGCUUGUGUCAUCCCCAGAACACAGCGAAGAGUUUUGAUAUCAAAUUUGCUGCCUUGCACUGAAUACUCAUUCAGAAUCAUAUCUUACACCGAGUCUGGUGACUUGGGUCACUCUGAGGCUAAAUGCUUUACAAAGAGUGCUGAGAUAAUAACCCAUAGAAAUUUGAACUCAUUAGCUCGAAAUCAUCAAGGGAAAGAAGUUCUAGAAGAAACCACAAACAUAGAGUCAGAUUCUGGAUUCAAGGUCCGAGACCUCGGGGAAGUCUUCCGACUUGCAUGGGCCCAACAAGAACGCUGUUUGGACGGGUACUGUAGCACAGAAAUGGAAAAGUUUUGUGAAGCGUGUAAUAUUGUCAAACCAAACACAGUACAUGACUGUAAGCCUUCAGUGUCUCGCCAGCUGGACUUGAAUGUUGCCACUGUUCCUGAUUUGAAUGAAGAGCUAAUCCUCCCCGUGGAAUCUUCUAGAGACGAAGACAAUGAGAACAGAAGUGGCGAAUCCCAAAGCUAUGGUGAGGCAACAGUGUCUCGAAAGAGAGUGGCUGCUAGCAACUCGGGCAGCACCCUGGUGGCCGGGGGUUCACCUUUUGGCCACUUGGACGAGAACUUUGAAUACUGUGUCAAGAUAAUCCGGUGGCUGGAAUGUGAGGGUCACAUUGACAAAGACUUCAGAUUAAAGUUGCUGACUUGGUUUAGCCUGAGGUCGAGCGUGCAGGAACGCAGGGUGGUCAGCACAUUUAUCCAAACACUCAUUGAUGAUCCAAAUAGCUUAGCGGGUCAGCUGGUUGAUUCGUUCUCGGACAUUGUUUCUAAUAAGAGGGCUCGCAAUGGUUUUUGCAGCAGCCUUUGGCAUUAAGUGUCCAUCUAGACUGAUUAUAUCCUAAUUCUCUCUGUACAUGCCAUUUUUUAAAAGGGCGACUUGCCAUAUUUUAGGUGAUUCAUUCGUAUAGUGGACAAGCCUGUCCAGCUAAACACAUUCUUGCUAUUUCUUUGUUAAGCAACUUGAUUCCUACUGACACGGAAAUAUUUUCAAAUUCAAGAAAUUUUACAUUACAA